CCAUGGCUGCCAGCCGCCCACUUUCGUCGCACCUGGGCUGCAGCUGGGCUGCUGCGCACUGCGCACGCUGCCGCAAGGCCUCACUUCCAGUCAGCCAGUCAGCCCGUCAAUCCAGCCUAGCUCCCCCCUCAGUCGCCUCGAAUCCGCCAUGCCAUGCAAGCCCGGGAAUUGCCCUCAGACAACCCAGCAGAGCAUGUCUCAGCACAGCCACUCGGCUCACCCUAGAGCAGCUCAGUUGAGCCCAGCUCAGGGCACGGUGUAGUAGAGUGAGGACCGAAGUGAAGUGACGCUUUGGAAGGGUCUGGUUUAGGAAGUAACCGAGGGGAGCUGAGCUGAGCAGAGUUGAGCUGGUUUGCCUGUUGCGCUUAAGGCCCCCAUCAUGUGGACGCAGUGGAACUCAGCAAGCCAUGGAUGAACGGCCAAGACCCACCUGUUCUAUCGAUGCAGGGGAGCGCCUCGCCUCGCCUCGCCGCACCGGCAUUCGCCCUGAGGGCUGGUCGCUUAUCCAAGAUCGCACGGAUUCUGAGGGCUUGUUGUCACGCGUGCGUUGAGGUUACUCGAGUGGAGGAACCUGCGUUGUUCGGCCGUCCGUUAAUCUCGCUUCUGAGGGCGAAUGAGACUCGCAUUAGAGAGACUCGCAUUAGAGAGAGCGAGCGGAUCUCGCAACAGGUCGGACCCACCUGCAUGCCUUCGAUGUUUGUCGAGCAAACGUUGAGUCAACGGCGCGCUACACUGGAGGCAAAGCCUUACCGUAGCUGUACGGCGCGACGGGUUGUUAGCAGUAGACGGUAACCAUCCCGGUGCCGCAGCCGGAGCGCGCAGCUAUGUACGAUAGUACGACGCGACAUUGGCGAGUCGCUGUGGACCACGGUACCGAUUAGUAUUAGUAGUAACUUAUUGCUCUGGUAACCUAGUCUAGUCGAUGGCGACCGAAACAAUCCGCGCUGCCUUUCGACGCCCCGCCGCUGGAGCCAUGGCGGAACGUCUGUUCGAUCCGAAUUCUUUCGAACUCACUGAUGUGAGAGGGGACUCCGACUUAGGAACGAUGGGUCCGUCGUUGCGCGGUCGGGGGAACGUUUUCGUCGGCCGUAUUACCGCGGCGGACGAAUCGGCUAAUCCCCGCGCAGAUCCGGCUGCGACGCGGCGACGCAGCCCAUCGAAGCCGUAUCACCGUCGCAGCCCAUCGCAGUCGUUCGACCGUCGCAACGGCCCGUCGCAGUCGUUCGACUUCGAUAACGACUGGUGUAGGAGUGCCGACACCGCCGCCGAUCGUCGCGAAAGGCUCCGAGGCGGAGGGAUGGUGAGGGGGGAACGGCAGGCGGAGGUCCCAAGGGUUGGCGCAGCGCAAGUUGGCGGGGAACGCACCGCGGAGUUGCGCGGAACAGUGCCGGCGCGCGGAGAAAGUAGUCAGCAGCGACGCGCGCAGGCCGCGGAGACGCCGCUCAGAUCCCCCCCGCAUCGCGUUGAGCCGUCCGGAACAGGCUCGGGAACAAGCGCGAGAACAGGCUCGUUACCGAACCAGGAGUGGGAGAAGGCCGUUGUGUCCCGAGCCUUGAGCGGCGGAGUUUCCGCGGACUGCGGCCCCGAUUGGCGCGGCGCGGCGGAUCGCGCAGCGGCAUGGGCGCGCAAGGACGGCGGCUGCGGAGCAGCGUGGCGGAAGCCCGGCGGUUUCCUCCCCCCGCGCCUGCUCCUCUGCACGGGGCCUCCCGCCGCCAUGUCCCCGUGCUCCACGCUCGAACACCAGCUCAGCCCCUACUGCUCUUCCGCUGCCACGUCAGCUGCCUCCAGCCCGUUCGCUGCCACGUCAUCAGCGUCCAGCCCGUUCGCGGUGGCGAGUCCUCUUUCGUCCGCCAUCAGCCCGCUAACCCCCUCCCCGCUGUCCGGAAGAAACGCCUCCCCGCUAUCCGGGGGGACCCCCUCUCCGCUGUCCCGCGGGAGGAGCGCCUCCCCCCAAUCGACGAGAUGCGCCUCUCCACUUGCUGGCGGAAACUCCUCUCCGCUUGCUGGCGGAAACUCCUCCCCGCUAUCCCGGGGAGUCCCCUCACCUCUGUCUGGCGGAAGCUCCUCCCCGCUUCUUCCGCGCAGCCCCCUCCCCCUCCGCAGCCCGUUGCCCGCGCGCACUCCCCCCUCGCCCCUUCGCCCGCGCAGUCCCCUUCCCGCGCGCAGUGCCCCCUCCGCCGGUCCCGCUCCGCCCUCCCCGCACGUCAGUCCCGCGCAUGCGCGUCUCCGCUCCGCCUCCAAGAGCCCCAUUGCGCGCCGAGCGCUUGCCCGCUCCGUCAGCCCGCUGUCUGGAGUUUCCCCGCACCCACCUGGCCCGCACCCACCUGGCCCGCACCCACCUGGCCCGCACCCACCUGCGCCGUUCCAAACUGCCUCGCCGCUUUCAAUCGCCCCGCUUCCGAUCGCGCCGGUUUCGCCUGCCCCCGUGCUAUCACCAGCAGCGUAUCGCGAUGCGGCGCCUGUCGUCGUUCACUCGCCCGGUUCCACUAGCCAUAUGGAUGGUACAUGCGCUACCGGAAUAUGCAACACCAGCACAUGCGGCGCGGACAACUGCUUCUUUCGGAGCAGCAGUAGCAGCAGUAUCAGUGGCAGCAGUAGUGGCUGCUCCUCCUCCUCCUUUUUCCGCAGUAGCAGCAGCAGCAGCAGCUGCAGCAGCAGCAGCACCGCGCACAGCCGCAGCAGCAGCCCUCUAAGAGGAGGCGGAGGCGGAGGCGGGGUGGGAGGGGGAGGGGGAGCGCACGGGCCUGUGUUUGUCAGGAGGCCCAGUCUGUUGUCGCGCACGCAACUGACCCUCUCCCCUGCAUCGCCGCAUCCUGCGCCCUCUGCUCUCAAAACAUGCCCCUCCCCCUUCUCCGCCAGCCCGCGCCCAGCCUCCCCCCAAGCGCGCCCUGUGUCUCCCCCAUCGCACCCAGCCUUUUCCGCAGUGCCCCCUGCGUCGCCCCUCCUCUCCCCCAACUCAUCCGCACUCCAACCACCCUCCCCCUCUCCCCUCCUCUCCCCUCCCCCUCGUCUCCGUUCCCCUCCCCGUCUCCUCCGCCCGGCUUCCCCCCUCCUCCGCCCCCCCUCCCCGCUCCUCCGUCCUUGUUCCCCUACCCUUCCCCCUGCAACGCCUUCCUUCUUCCGCCCCGCCCCUCCAUUCCCAACAUCCCCAGCCUCUCCCCCUCCCCCCAACACCACUCGCCCCCCCCUCAACACCACUCCCCCUCCCCCUGCUGACCUUCCUGCCACGCCUCCCUCUCCUACUCUCUCCUUCGCUCCUGCGCCAUGUGGUUUGGCAAGCCAGCACGGAGGGACACGGGAACAAGGGGGAGGUCGCAGGGAGAGUUUUGAGCCGACUCAAAAAUUUGCUCCGUCCAAUUCGGCAAGCCAGCUCGGAGUGGCAGGGGAGCAAGAGGGGGGUCGCAGGGAGAGGCGGAAAGGGAGCGUGCAGUUGGCAGCAGGGGCAUUGAGGGGAGGAGGAGGGGCAGUAGCAGGCGCAGCAGACGCAGCAGCAAGAGCAGCAGGAGCAGCAGGAGCAGCAGGAGCAGCAGGCGCAGCAGGCGCAGCAGGAGCAGCAGGCGCAGCAGGAGCAGCAGGCGCAGCAGGAGCAGCAGGCGCAGCAGGAGCAGCAGGCGCAGUGGGAAACGGAGGAAAGGCAGGAGGCGGAGUGAGAGGACGGAAAGCAGGUGGUGUGGAGAGCCGCCGGGCCAUCGGGCUGUCUGCGCUGACGCGAGACAGGGGAGCGGUGGGGGGAGGAACAGCCAGGGAGAGAGGUGCGGGUAGCAGGCGGCCAGGGAGAGACGAGAAUAGCGGAGAGCUGAAGGCGGGAGGAGGCGGCGGGGGAGGAGGGGGAGUGGAAGAGGGGCAGAUGCAGCAGGAAAAGCAGGGAGAGCUUGGAGAGCUUGAUGGCAUACACAGCAGCCACUCCUGGCAAGAGCAGCAGCAGCAGCGGCAGCAGCAGCAGCAUGUGGUGGCAGCUGCAUUUGAGAACCAAGAUCAAGUGGGCAUUGCUCUAGUCGUCCAACGUAGAGACCUCUCAGCACAACUCGCGCCCCAUUCACCUCAACUCCCUCGCUCCCCCCACACUCCCCACACUCCCCACACUCCCCACACUCCCCACUCUCCCCACACUCCCCACACUCCCCACUCUCCCCACUCACCGCACACUCCCCACUCCCCCUUACGUACCACCUCCCGUCCUCCUCUCGCAAACUCCCCUCUCUCCUCUCCUCUCUCCUCCCCACUCACUCCUCCGCAUCUUCACUCGCUCUUCUCUCCCAACACCACCCCUCAUCGCCCUCUCCUCCCCUCCCCCCUCUCCUCCUCCUCCUGCUCCACCCCCACUGCUCCCCUCCUCUCCCCCUUGGGAUCUCCAGCUCCGUCCCUCGCCCGCCCAGCCUCCACCUCAGCUUCGGCUGCAUGCUCGGGAGCAGGUUCGGCAGCAGGCUCGGCUCUGGCAAGGAGCUGGAGGGAGCGGGCAGGUUCGGCACGAGCCUCGGGCUCAGCCUCGGCAUCGAGUCUGGUGUUUAAACGAAACAGCAGCAGCAGCAGCAUGUGCCAUGAGCGUGUGCAAUCCUUUUCUGCUGUUUCUGGUUCUGCUGCUGCUGCUGCUGCUGCUUCGGUUGUCUGUGCUGCUGGUGCUGCUGUUUGCACUGCAGCUGGUGGUGCAACAGGGAGAGCAGGCGUGGAGGGAGCAGCAGUCAAUGAAGCGAGGCCAGCAAGCAUGCGCGGCAGCAGCAGCAGCAGAAUCAGCAAGGGGGACAGCAACAAGCAUAACACAAUCUCCAGCAGCGCCAUCACCAGCGGCGGCUGCUGCGCGCCUGACAUGGACGCCGGAUCCCUCUCCCUCCUCCCCAUCAUCGCCGCUGCUGCUGCUGCUGGUGUCGGUGGUGCGGCUGGUGCUGGUGCUGAUGCUGGUGUUGCUGUUGCUGGUGGUGGUGAUGGGAGUGGUGGUGCUGUUGCUGGUGAUGGGAGUGGUGGGAGUGGUGGAGGGGGAGGGGAGGUACGGAGGGAGGAAAGCAGUGGUUGGGGUGAGCGAGGGCAAGGAGACAAGCCACAAGUGUACCACCAACAGCAGCUGCUGCAGCUCAUUCAGCAGCAGCUGCUGCUGCAGCAGCAGCAACAGCAGGGGCAGAGGCAGCAACAGAGGCGUCAGAAGCAGCAAGGGCAGCAGCAGCUGCAGCAGGGGCAGCCUCGGGUGCGACGUGGCAGCGUGGCAGUGGAUGGCAUGGGCGACUCCUUCCAGGAAUUCAGGAGCCUCCGGCCGGCAGAAUUUGUUUUACGCCGCUCCUACUCCGACGUACACGCCACAUAUGCCAUCGACUACCAAGCACCACCCCUGGGCCGAGGCCAAUUCGGGGUGACUCGGCGAUGUGUGGAGAAGAGAACGGGGGAGGUGCUUGCGUGCAAGACGAUUGACAAGAAGAGCAUUAAGACGCAUGAGGACGCGGAGGAUGUGAGGAAAGAAGUGGCUUGCUUGGAGCUGUUGGCUGGUCACCCCACUAUUGUGAAGAUUAAAGAUGCGUUUGAGGAUUCCACCCACGUGCAUAUAGUGACGGAGUUGCUCGCGGGCGGCGAUCUCUUCGACAGAAUCAGAUCGCGCCGCCGCCUCCCGGAGCCGUCCGCCGCCCAGCUCUGCGCCGCCCUGAUUGAAGCGCUUCUCCACUGCCACUGCAGAGGCAUCACGCACCGCGACAUCAAGCCCGAAAACAUCCUCCUUACAAGCCUCUCCUCCGACUCCACUAUAAAGCUCAUCGACUUCGGCGUGUCGACUUCAUACCAACGGGGUGUGCCUCUGACCGACGCGGUUGGGACACCAGAAUACAUGGCUCCUGAAGUGCUUAGGCAGAGCUACGGCCCCGAGGCGGACAUAUGGAGCGCGGGGGUGGUUAUGUACGUGGCGCUUAGUGGCGCGCCGCCUUUCUGGGGGUCGGAAAAGCGGUCGGUGGUGGAGCGGAUACUUAAGAAGGAGGUGGCGUUUAAAGGGGUUAAGUGGGAGGGAGUGUCGGAGGAAGCGAAGGACCUGGUGGCUCGAAUGCUGGUGAAAGACGCCAGCAGGAGGAUCCGGCCGCUUGAGAUUCUAGAGCACCCGUGGAUUCAGAAGUGGAAGCUGGCUGCUCACACGUGAGGGAUCGUUGCGUACUGGAUAGUGAAGAGAGUGCGAAUUCUGGUGGCUGAGGCUUUUGAGAAAUUUCAAAAACCAUCUGGCUGCUCCGCACACGUGACGAAACUCCUGGGUACUGGAUGCUGAUAGAGAGAGCCCGGACUGGACUCUGGCGGCUGCCACUCUUUUGAGGCGCCUCAAAAGUUGCUGAUAGAGAGCCCGGACGCUGGUGGCUGCGGCUUCCUCGCUUGCCUCGCUACUGAAAACGACCACCUUGUAAAUAAAUAGCACUCCGGAAUUGGGUCCGGAAUAGUACGCUGGAUGCUGAAGGCGAGGACGAGCUCCAGGGCAAUGGGAACAUCUUGAUUCUUCCAGAGGCUUCCUUUCUUUCUUUCUAGGAGUUAGAGCAGUGGCAGCUGGGGGUGUGCAACACACAGCCCGUGUUGUAUUAUUAUUUAGAAUAAGGAAGGUGGGGUAAAAGAUUACCCCCCUUUCCCUCUAGUUCAUUCUUUGCUAUUCUUCUCAUUUUUUCAUUCAUACAAAUCAAACACUC